AUGCAGCAUAGGGAUACUCACUCCUCACCCGAGGACGAAGAAACUAGCACACGCAAAAGAAUGCUCGAACAGCAGCAAGAUAAAUUAGUCAACGCGCUCCAAGAAUUAUACGACCGUAACCUAAACCGAAGAGCCUGGCCCGGACCUCCGUUACAGAAAACGGCCAAGGGGAUCCCACUCACCCAUGAUAUCCUCGACCGACUGGGACUGCUCAAACUGGACGAUCAGGGCAUUUACGAGACGUUUGAAGAGGAUACAGAUGUCCUGCGGCAGAAAAUGACGAUUAAGGAGGAAGAGCACGCAUAUCCAACACCAACUACCACCAAAUCCGAGUUCAGUCCCGCCACACCCAACUUCGAACCGUUUGUUUCAAGGCCUUUCGCAGGCGAAAAGGCGCAUCCAGCAAGGCGAUUCCAACCGACUCCUCCAAUGCACAGCCCGGAGGAGGAUAGGUGUAUGACGUUUCCCGAAUCAUCUUUGAAUCUGGGCCCCAGCAUGAAUUUGGACCCAGCAUCGCUACAAACACCAAGUCAGACGUGGAUGCAAUCCGCGUCACGCUACGUAACCGACAUGGAUUACAAUUACGACGUCGCGUUAUCAUACAACGGGAUGGACUUGAUGCAGCAGAAAGCCAACCCGUGUUUACCAAUGUCUGCGUGGAACGACGACGACAUUGGCCCUCUGGGACUGGAUCCUAUUUUAUCAUGA